UGGCUCCAAGCGCAGUCUGCUGGAUACCAGAGAGAGAGAGAGAGAGAGUCAGAGAGGCGAGCCUAAAUCUCUGCGGUGCAGAGCUGGAAAAGCUGCUUCUCAGCGAAAAUCAGACGCCCUAUUUACUCUGCUUACUUGCUUCUGUAUUAUUUUCCUGGAGAAAAAGGGACUUACAACCAAGAAGUUGCAACGAGGACUGGUGCCCGUCUCAGCGUGUAUACGUGGUAUUUCUUUUAUAUUAUUAUUUAUGCUGAUUCUUUGUGAAUACACUUCUACUGAAAGGACUGAGAUUUUACUUUUGCACUGAGACGCACCGCUCUCUACCUCCUGUACUGGUCUCUGUGCCAGAUUAGACCAGCAGAAGUAGGCUAAAUGACGCAAAUUCCGAUGUCGUUUGCAGAGCAUUAGUCUGAAACUUUUCCCCACUAGUUUUCUUCGUUUUCCUCUUUUUUCCAUCCGAUCACACGGUGUUUCAUGAUACAGCAAGCUAGUGCACAACGGUGGAGGAGCCAAAAGAACUAUUGCAUGAGACAAGAAAGGAGAGAAGAGACGCUGAUUAAUAAGUCAGUUUUUGCGACGCUCGCAAGUACCUUUGCAUAUCUGCAAAAGAGUCGCGACAGCAACAUGAGUGCAGAGCUGAACAUGGGCCCGGAGCUCCCCAGCAGCCCUCUGGCUCUGGAAUAUGUCAACGAUUUUGACCUGAUGAAGUUUGACGUCAAGAAGGAAGGCCUGGCCGGGCUGGAGCGCCCCGGGGUGCGCCAGUGUAAUCGCCUCCAAGCCCAAGGCUCUGUGUCCUCCACUCCCAUCAGUACACCCUGCAGCUCGGUGCCCUCAUCGCCCAGCUUCAGCCCUACAGAGCAGAAAAACCACCUAGAGGAGCUGUACUGGAUGCCGAACGGCGGGUACCACCAGCAACUAGACCCGCAGACACUGAGCCUGACCCCGGAGGACGCAGUGGAGGCCCUGAUCGGAGCCGCAGCUCACGGCCAUCCUCCGCCUCCGCACGUCCAGCAGCAGCUGCAGCAGCAAGGCGCCUUCGAGGGCUACAGGGGCCCGCACCACCACCACAGCCACCACGGCCACGGCCAGCAGCACCACCAUCCAUAUGGGGCGGGCAUCCCACACCAUCCCGACGAGUUGUCCGGACACCCGGGAGGACACAACCACCCACACAGCCAGCACCACCAUCACCACAGCCAGGACCCCGACAGCCCGUCCCCUGUCUCCCCGGAGUCCCACCAGCCACUUCAUCACCACCGCCACCAUCAUCACCACCAUCCGCAUGGCCACCUCAGCCAGUCGGCGGGCCACCACAGCUCCGGGGGCGGGCUUAACGUGGAGGACCGCUUCUCCGACGACCAGCUAGUGUCCAUGUCGGUGAGGGAGCUGAACAGACACCUACGGGGCUUCACCAAGGACGAGGUCAUCCGCCUCAAGCAGAAGAGGAGGACCCUGAAGAACCGGGGCUACGCACAGUCCUGCCGGUUCAAGCGGGUGCAGCAGAAGCACGUGCUGGAGAACGAGAAGACCCAACUGAUCAACCAGGUGGAGCAGCUCAAGGCGGAGAUCAGCCGGCUGGCGAGGGAGAGGGACGCCUACAAACUCAAGUGUGAGAAACUGACGGGGUCGGGGGCCAAUAACGGGUUCCGCGAGGCUGGCUCUACUAGCGACAACCCUUCAUCACCAGAGUUUUUCAUGUGAGUUGUAAUAGCCUUUUCUUGUGACAACAUCCCCCCACCCCCACCCCAAAACCCCCACCACCACCUUUCCUUUCUCCACAACUGACUGACUGGCUGAAGAAACAAACGAUAAUAAUCCACACCCUCCCAUACUGUUUAUGAUUAUACUAAUAAUGGUAACAAUUAUAUUCAUAUUAGAAGAAUAAUCCAUCAAAUACUAUUCUCAUAUAUAAUCAUCUCUCCAUCCACGUGUCAACUGAGAUACAAAGAGCAAUGUAGAGUGUCUGAUCAGUCGCAGCAUCUUUGUAGAUUAGUUGCUUGUAGUGAAGAGACUUUUUUCUUCUUCAAAGAAGAGGAUCGGCUGAUGAACUUUUUUUCUCCUUUGAGGCUACAGCUUUUAAAUAAUCUGUAAGUAGUGUGGGAUGGCGUCGAGGCAGUUGUCUGAUAAUUUUGUUCUUCAAAAUGAUGACAUUGUUAUGAAACAAGUAGGUCUGGCCUCACAGCCCGCAACACAUGAGACUCACAUUCUACAAGUGGGCCCGUAAUCUGAGUAAAUCUCCAACACCAAGACUCCACAUUAUGCAAACCUAACUUCUGUCAACUAACCCGACACAGGGGGACAUUUUAUGCAACAUCUCAUUGAUUUAUUGCCUGCUUGGUUAUAUUCGAAUAUAUAUUGAAACAAAAAAUCUGCAUUAAAUAUUAAUCCUGCAUGCUGGACAUGUAUGGUAACAAUUUCUAUUUUGUACCUUCAUCUUCUCGUGUAUAUUUAGAGCAUGUUGUUGAUCUGCGCUUCUCCAUAGUUUGGGGGGUUAGAGAAAUGCAACGGGGACAGAACAGCAGGACUGCCGGUGCAGUAUCAUAUGGUGUGGGUUUCUUUAGGCUUGUAAAUAUUAUGCAACCGCAAAACUGCACACCAAGAUUGAGGAGGCUGGUUUGAACUUCUUACUUUCUUUGUGUUGUGUUUGUGUCUACUUUAUAUAUUUUUGUUUUUUCAUUUGGGGUAUUGAUCGAAAGAUAUGGGCAUUUUUUUCAGUUGCAUUUUAAUACAACAAACUUUGUGUGUCAAGUGCACUUUUGGAUAAUGAUUUCUAAGUUUUCAUUUUGAAUUUUGUGCAAACCUCCCUCCAGGAAGACAUACUAUGAUACUUGAUUGUUAGACAAUACAAUAUAAAUACAAAGUUUUAUAGUAAUAUUUGGACACACUCGCAUCGGUUUUGCGAGGCUGAAGAGACAAACGUGUGACCAGAAUAUUACAGGAACCAUGCACAUAAUACAUCGAUUGCGCACUAUUACACAUGGCAUGGUUAAAAGUUUUCAACAUACUGUGUAGCCCACAUAGACAACAGUAAAAUGUGGGCACAUGUUCUCUAUCAUUUUAAUUCAAUGUGGCUUUCGUGGCACUAAUUCAGAGGAGAAGUGCUGUCUGCCGGUCUGUUAACUCUUGCGCAACCCUAACCACAUCAUACCAAAACACAGAGUUUAUCCUCUCUUAUUCUGAUUGGCAUAUUUUAGUGUCACCUGUAUCUUAUUAUCAGUAAUAACACUCAUUCUUAACAAAAUCCCAAACAACUUAUAUGCCAUGGGGUUUUGCAGAGUUAACAUUUAUAAAGCGUUUUAAUGCGAAGUAAGACUAUUAAUGCUAUAUGUUUUCCUGAUUUUUUUUUCUGCCGGUCAGUAAAAAAAGGGGAUUUCAGGUUGUGCAACUUCUCAAAAUGAAAACUAUGUGUAUGUUAUAUGAUACGUUUUUUGUCUGUUUUAUUAUUAUUUGAUGAUUCUGGUUCUGCUGGCCAGAUGCAUAGUUAAAGUUUUUAUUUUAAUGAUUUAAAUUAACAAACUGUCAGAUCAUAUCGAAUAAGCAUGGUGCUUGCAUUUGAAAUAUUGUUGAAAAGUCAUGCAUUUAACAAUCUUUGGUUUGUUACUGAUUCAACUGUGUUGAAAUCGAAUUGAAACUGCAGCAGCGGGUUGUUGUUUUGUUUUCAUCAAUUCCAUGUACUUUGCGAUGAUGGGGAUCAAUUUUCAAUCCUGUUUAUAUAAAUAAGAGUAAAACACUUAAAUUUGAACUGUUGUAGAUCCAUUCAGGCUGGUUUCUGUUUUGUCUUAUUUUUGGUUGUUUUUGGAAGAAAUUGUUUCCUAUUUUGCUUAUUAAAGUCAUUGAAAUGGCAAUAA